AUGAGCGCCCCUCCGCCGAACGAAGCUGAGAAGAACAUCGAGAUCUGGAAGGUCAAGAAGCUGAUCAAGCGUCUUGAAGCUGCCCGUGGAAAUGGAACUUCCAUGAUCUCGCUCAUUAUCCCCCCCAAGGAUCAGAUCAGCAGAGCCGCAAAGAUGUUGGCUGAAGAGUACGGUACCGCCUCCAACAUUAAAUCGCGUGUGAACCGUCUCUCCGUGCUGUCGGCCAUUACCUCUACCCAGCAGCGUCUUAAGCUCUACAACAAGGUUCCUCCCAAUGGACUUGUCGUGUACUGUGGUGAAAUUAUCACCUCCGAAGGAAAGGAGCGCAAGAUUAACAUCGAUUUCGAGCCUUUCAAGCCCAUCAACACCUCUCUUUACCUUUGUGACAACAAGUUCCACACCGAGGCAUUGAGUGAACUGCUCGAGGCCGACCAGAAGUUCGGUUUCAUCGUCAUGGACGGUAACGGUACUCUGUUUGGUACUCUCAGUGGUAACACUCGUGAGAUUAUCCAACGUCUCUCCGUUGAUCUGCCCAAGAAGCACGGACGUGGUGGUCAAUCCGCUCUGCGUUUCUCCCGUCUGCGUGAGGAAAAGCGCCACAACUACGUGCGUAAGAUUGCCGAAUUGGCUGUUCAGAACUACAUCACCAACGAUAAGGUCAACGUCGCCGGUCUGGUUUUGGCUGGUUCUGCCGAUUUCAAGAACGACCUCAACCAGUCCGACCUGUUCGACGGUCGUCUGCAGGCCAAGGUCAUCAAGGUUGUUGAUGUUUCCUAUGGCGGUGAGAACGGUUUCAACCAGGCCAUCGAGUUGGCCGGUGAGACCCUGAGCAACGUCAAGUUCGUCCAGGAGAAGAAGCUCAUUGGCCAGUACUUCCAGGAGAUCAGCCAAGACUCCGGCAGGGUCUGCUAUGGUAUCGAGGAUACCCUCAAGGCGCUCGAGCUUGGUGCUGCUGAAAUCCUGAUUGUGCACGAGAACUUGGAAGUCACCCGCUGGGUGAUGAAGAACUCAGCGGGUGUUGAGGUUAUUGCCCACACUACCAAGGCCCAGGAAGCCAACAACCGUGAGCUCUUCCAGGACAAGGAGACCGGAUUGGAUAUGGAGGUUGUCGAUUCCGGCUCCUUCCUCGAGUGGCUUGCUGAGGCCUACAAGGACUUCGGUGCCAACCUGGAGUUCGUGUCUGACCGAUCUGGUGAAGGAAACCAGUUCGUCAAGGGUUUCGGUGGUAUCGGUGCCAUUCUCCGAUACAAGGUCAACUUUGAACAGCUUGCCGAUUACAGCGAUGACGAUGAGUUCUACGACGAGAGCGAGGAUGAACGGCCAGAAGCUCCCGCGUCGAGUCUUUUGACGGCUCGCCCCGUGGACAACAAAGGCGGCUCCCGUGAUGGAACCAAGGCAUCCGUGAAGGAUAAUAAAAACAGGCCUGGUCCAAGCUCCGUGAAGCUGCUCAGAGGGUCAUCCAAGCUCCAUGAUAUGCUAGCUGAGGUUCCCUCGGCGUCUGAGAUGAGGAUGAGAUUUAAAUUGCAAUUUGAAUGGUUGAAUGCGGUUCUUCGCAAGAUUUCCACCACUGCCUGCCCAGCUUACAUGGCCUUUGCGCACUAUCUCGAUAAUUUCAGCACCGCCUAUCCCCAAGUCAAGUACUACAAGUUCAAUUUCGACCAAAUCCCCGAUAUUGCCAAAGAGCUCGGGAUUCGGUCUCUUCCUACCAUCUACUUUUUCAGGGCGGGCGACGAAAUGGCGUCUGUUGUCGGGGCCAAUCCUAAAGGCGUCGAGGAGGGUAUCAAGAAUCUGAUUUCCGCUAAGUCUGAAGAUCAACUCGAGUACUAG